CGCUGCCUUGAUGGAGAGGCCCAGGCAAGUCAGAUUUUCUUGCCCACCCAAGAUCAGCCAAUCUUCAAAGGUGUACAAAUGUGACCACCCCAGCCUCGUUCUUCAGAGACUAAAUGAACAGAGAGGUUGCAACCUCUUCUGCGAUGUGGUUUUAGUGCUGGAGGAGGAAAAGGUCCCCGCUCUCCGGAACGUUCUAGCCGCCUGCAGUGACUAUUUCCACACCAUGUUCACGAUCGGCAUGCAAGAAGCUUAUCAGAAAGAAGUGGAGCUCUUUGGCGUCACUUGCCUUGGCUUCAAAGCCAUCCUGGACUUCCUCUACGGCGGCGACCUGUUCCUCGACAGCGGAAAUGUUGAUACUAUCUUGGAAACUGCCCACCUGCUGCAAAUCUGGAAGGUGGUGGAUUUCUGUUGAGAGUACUUGGAAAACGAGGUUGACAAAGAGAACGACUUGUACCUCCAGGAACUGGCUUCCAUCUUCAACCUCAAGCACCUGGACUCCUUCAUUGACGCGUUCAUCAUGAAGAACUUCAAUACCGUCUCACCCAUGUCGGACUUCCUGCAAAACAUCACUGUCGAGAAACUCUGCCAUUACCUGGGCAGUGCAGGCAUGCAAGAGGAAUGUGAAAUCAACUUGCUGAGUGCGGCUUUGCGGUGGCUGGUGCACCACCGAGAGUGGGGAAAGGAGGCCUACCGAGUCUUGGAGAACAUCCAUUUCCCUCUGAUCCCUAACCGCUUCCUGCACUGGGUCAAGCUGGCCAUCCCCUGGAUAUUUCCCAAAGAAACCCGCUGCGAAGACAUUGUCGAAGAGGCGAUCCACUACUGCAGCCAGGUGGCUGCUCAGCCUGUCCUUCAGAACAAGAGGACGGCUCUCCGGAGCCAGGAAGAGAAGCUUCUUUUUGUCGGAGGGGAGCAUGGCUUGGAGCUGAGCAACGAUAUCUGCUUCCUGGAUCCCAAAAUGGGACGGUGGGAGGAGGAGACGCUGCUGCCCACCAGACGGAGCAACCACAGCGUUGCAGUUCUUGGAGGGUUUAUCUUCCUUUCUGGUGGCAGCUUUUCCUGCAACAAUGGUAAAGCCUCCAGCCUUCUCUAUAGGUAUGAUCCUCGGUGUAAAGAGUGGAUAAAGCUCACCUCAAUGAGGCAACAGCGCGCAGACUUUUAUCUCAGUGCCAUCAGAGAUAUGCUGGUAGCUGUGGGUGGCAGAAAUGAAAACAGAACACUGUCAUCGGUGGAGACAUAGAGCCCUGAGAAGAACACCUGGUCCUAUGUUGCCAGCUUGCCCAGGUGA